CCUCAGUAAAGUAAGUAUAGUCAAUGACUUGCCAUCACAGUGAUAAGUCAGCAACUCAGCACGGUUGAUAUAAUACAGUGCGCGCGCGCAACACCGGCAGUGAUGGCGCGAGUUCAAACGUUGCUAUUGGCCGCGGCGGCCCUCGUACUCGCAGAAGAUGCAUCCUCAACACCAAAGCCGAAGAAGGUUCUGGACACCAUCAUGACACCGGCUUACAUACCUGUUGAAGAAAAACAUGGGUCCUUCUGGAAGAGCAAAGCUCAAGAUGCUCUUAAAGCUAAGAUUCAAAUCCAUCCUAACAAGAAUAAAGCAAAGAAUGGCAUAUUAUUCAUUGGUGAUGGAAUGUCACUUCCUACCAUUAUGGCAGCAAGGACUUACGGUGGUCAGCUGGAGAGAGAACUCGGGGAAGAUAAUGUACUGCAUUUCGAGAAGUUUCCCAUCAGUGGAUUGGCUAGGACCUACUGCAUAGACGCCCAGGUGCCUGACUCCGCCUGCACAGCAACGUCUUACCUCACGGGCGUAAAGACCAAAUACGGCGUGAUCGGUCUUGACGGCAACGUGACCAGGGGAUCAUGCCAUUCGCAGCUGCAUAAAGGGAACUGGGCGCAGUCAAUUGGACAGUGGGCGCUACAGCAAGGAUUGGAUGUUGGUCUAGUGACGACAACCAGAGUGACGCACGCCUCUCCGGCGGGCAUGUACGCGCACGUCUCUGAGCGCAACUGGGAGUCAGAUGCCGACGUCCCUGAGGAAUGUAUCUCUCUGGGAUGUCGCGACAUCGCGAACCAGCUGAUUACUAGUGAUCCUGGCAGACAGUUUAAGGUGGUAAUGGGCGGUGGAAGACGCGAGUUCCUGCCGAAUGUGAGCUCAGUUGUAAAAAGUACUGGUAGACGACUGGACAAUUCCGACCUGAUCGAACUGUGGCACGUAGAUAAGAGGGACAAGAAUGUUUCGCACCAGUACGUUACUGAUAGAGUUGAACUGAUGAAGGUCUUCAACUCGGACGACCUUCCGGAGUACCUCUUAGGUCUUUUCAAUGACGACCACAUGGACUACCAUCUCAAGGCUCAAAAUCAGCCUACACUGGAAGAAAUGGUAGAAAUCGCCAUCAAGAUGCUCAGCCGUAGUCCUAAAGGCUACUUCUUGUUUGUUGAAGGAGGCAGAAUAGACCACGCUCACCACGACAGUCAAGCAUACCUGGCGCUCGACGAAACGGUAGAAUACGCUAAAGCAAUCAAGAAAGCUGAAAGCAUAACCAAUGAACAAGACACCCUAAUCGUAGUGAGCGCUGAUCAUGCGCACACGAUGACUGUAGCGGGAUAUCCUUCUAGGGGUAAUGAUAUACUGGGCGUAGUGGAUACUGCUAGAGGAAUGGACGGCAUUCCAUAUACGACUAUCAGCUAUGCAAAUGGAAAGGCCAAUUCUAUUGGAGCUGAUGGAAAGAGAGUUGACGUCACGCUGUCCAAAGAAUUUCAAUCUCGUGACUACGGCUACUCCUACCCAAGUUUGGUGCCUUUGGACUCUGAAACCCACGGAGGCGAAGACGUCGCCGUCUUCGCAUCAGGACCUUGGUCCCACCUCUUCACAUCCAGUUUUGAGCAGAACGCCAUCCCUCACUUCAUGGCCUAUGCCAUGUGUUUGACUAACGACCACCACAUCAACUGCAGGGUUCGGAACCAUCGAAACGGCUUUUGGACCUCCAGUGCCGUUCACCACAAACCAGUCUGGUUCCUUAGUAUAUGUGCUGUGAUUAUUAGUCUUAGAAUGUUUUAGAAUAGUACCAGUAUUAUUAGUUAAGUGAAAUUGAUGAAGCUGUUGGUUUAAGGCACAUUUGCCUGAUAAUGCCGUCCUUGGGGUCUGUGUCGAUGUUUUGUCAUCUUUAAAGUGAAAUAAAGAUUACAAUGAAUGUUUAGCUACUAGGAAUAUGAAAUAGAAGAGCUAUGUCUUAGCCGCAAAAGUAUGUUUGCACUUUUUUACUAUACACAAUAAGUAUACAACAUUUAUUUAUGUAAAAAAUACCCUGAAAAUCAUGUUCGAUUAUUAUUAUUAUUACUGUUGCGGUUAAAAACAUGCGUUGUCAUACCGGAUGAACAAAUUAUAUAAUUAUAUCUUUUUAUUACAUGUAUUAUUUUCUUUAAUUUAUUAAGCAUAUCUGCACUUUAAUUGAAUACAACAUUAUGUACAGACCCCUUAACUAUUUUUACGUAUUUUACCUAUGUAAGUGUAGAUUCAGAGUUUGGUUCAUCACAUCAAAAUAUUUUUUUAAGUUUGUCGUAAAUAUUGUUAAAUUAAAACCUUUGAAGAUAAGAGCAUUUCACAUUUGCCAUACUUUUAUCGAUAUCAAGUAAUGUCAACGACUAGGGAUGUUUGUGAAAAUCGGAAAGGUUUUAUGGCUGUGAAAAAUAUGGCUAGUAAUAAUAUCCAAAUAAGUUACAAAGAGGCCAACGAAUAUGUUUAACGAUACUUUUAUUAGUUAAAACUGUUAGAAAUAUCAGUGUUUCUGAUUCUCUUAUUACAAUCCUACAUAAGUAUCUAUGCAUAAUGUUUGUCUAAAAAAUGAAAUUUCUAAUAAAAAAUGCAAUUUGAUGUAGAACUAAGAUAUUUUUGACACUAUUACUAAAAUUGAGAGAGAAUAUAAGUAAAGAGAUUCGGGGCCUGUUUUAAUCUAACUUUCAAAAAUUUUAAAAAUUCAAGAAAUUCAAAUUCAAAAAAUUCAAAUUCAGAAAUGAUAAUAGAUGUUUUAAGGUCACAGUUGGUUACCAUUGUUACUCCCCACCAAUUCGUUCGAGAUAGUGGUUACCUUGGUUACGCCCCGCCGAUUUGCUAUUAGACUACAGGAGCUGAUCGAUAAACGGGAGUCGGUGGGGAGUAACCAUGGUAACCACCGUUACCUUUACGCAUCUAGCCUGUCAGACAGAUUACUAAGCCCUUAAUAAGAACUUUAAUUCAGGGUAGGGCGAAAGUGAUGGAACAAAAAGGUACUGAAACCCUUUUUUGCAAAAUCACAUUUGGGUAUGAUUUUUGUUAAUAAAAUCUCCCAAUAGGGACGCUAGUUUCAAGCUAGGUAAGAAUUUGUUAUCUAAAUUAUACCCGAAAUGAAAAUAGUGUGUGACUUUUAAGGUUUUUGUUGAAGAAAAUCGUAUAUUUAGCAAAAAUGCGAGGAUUUCACCAUAAAGCGAAGUAUUAAUGAAAUGAAUAAUUCUUAUACUGUUUUAACAGACGUAAAUAAUAUAUUUGUACAGAAAGCUGUCAUAUUACUAAACUUACAUGUUAUAUUUAAUGAAUUCAUUUAUUACUCUUAUAUAUAUUAUUCCCUGCCUUUUGCUUUUGCUUUUUUGCCUGUGCCCAGCAGUGGGACGUGUAUAGGCUGUUUAUGUAUAUAUUUUCUCAUUCUAUAUUUUUUACAAAAUGACCUAUUAAUCAGUAAGUGGGGUUGUGUAAACAAACGGACCUGUUAAUAUUUUCAGCUUAAAGUAAACGGACCCCUGCAAUAAACGGGUUAUAUAAAAGAAAUAUAUGUUCAGCGCAGGGUUCGAUUAUUUAAACUUACUGAAAUUAGAAGUAUUUGAAUGAAUAUUAUAUUUAAUAAUUACAAUAAUUUAUGUUUGAGUUUACAGAUGUGUUUAUAAUGAUAAUCUUUCGUGUGUUUUACGUACAUAAUAAUAUUGUUGUUCAAAAAAAAACCUUGUGAUAAAUUAUGUUAACUUAUUGACGAAUUAUAAUUUUAAAGUGA